AUGCCGUUUUUUGGUCAUUAUAUCUGCUACAUCAGGGUUUUCGCGGAAAUUGGUAUAGGAUUGAUGACUGCAAAUUUCAGCGUUCUCAUUUGGUUUGCCAUUUUCUCAGGUGUGCGCGUAGAAUUGGAGGAGGUACUUUCUCAGGGAGCAUACAUGCUGUUAUACAGCAGGAUCAGUGCCCGGCCUUCUGGCCUUCAAACUAGUGAGUCUUUACGGAUGCCAGAAGAGCAAAGAGAUGAAGUGGAAGUGAAGCCUGGUUUAACUGAGCAACCAGAAAGCAUCUCAAGUAUGGAGACUGUGACUUGCAGUAGCAGUUCAAAGGUUUUGCCAUCAGAUAUUAGUUCAGAUUUGAAGGCUUCUGCCUCCGAUAAUGAUUCCUUGACUGGAAAGAAUUCUAUGGAUGUGGACACGGUUGAUGGUUGA